AUGUUUCUAAUUCGUCGACUUAAAGCCUGUUUAUCACGGACAUCUUUAGCUGCUAUUCUUCUUCUUACAUCUUUUAGACCUGUCCAAAGGCAGUUAAUUAAAAAGCAUGUCCAUCAUCACGAGCAUCAACAUAAUCCUUCUUCUGAUCCUGAAAAAAUCGUUCAAUUGAAUCUGGAACCAAUCGAGCAAAUCUCCACCUUGGAAAAACGUCGUUUGCUUCAACAGAAUGACUCAUCUAUUCAAUUCGAAACAACGAAAAUCGGAACGAAAACGAUAUCUCUUAUUGUUCAUUUCGAUCUUAAAGGUGCUGCACCGAAAAUUUCCUACUUCGAGCAAAUUUUUCCACUGAUACGCAAAUGGGGUGCAACAGGAGUCUGUAUGGAAUAUGAAGAUAUGUUCCCAUUCGAUGGAAUCGUUAGUUCGGCUAAACAUAAACAAGCCUAUACAAAAGAAGAUAUCGAAAAAAUUAAUAAUUUAGCUGAAAGGAAUCACCUGGACGUCAUGCCACUUUUACAAACUUAUGGUCAUUUGGAGUUCUUGUUAAAAUUGGAAGAAUUCAGUGAUUUACGUGAAAAUUCUCGGUAUCCUCAAGUAAUCUCUCCCUGUACAAAUAAAACCUAUCCAGUUCUCUUCGCAAUGAUUGACCAAUACCUUGCAUUACAUCCGAAUAUGCGAUUAUUUCAUAUCGGUUUUGAUGAAGUUUAUUAUUUCCUUACUCAUCCCGAUUGUGAAGAGUUUCGUCGUUUAACUAAUAUUCAAUCUCAAUAUGAUUUAUUCGCACACCAUCUCAACAUCAUCGUGAAUUACAUUCGAGCGAAAAAUCCAAAUUUACAGUUAUUCAUCUGGCAUGAUAUUUUGCAAAAUUUGAACAUGGAAACAUCGAUGAAAUAUAAAUUAUUUCAAACAGUGACUCCUGUUUUGUGGUCAUAUCGUGAGGAUAUGAGUGUCGAAGGAUUUGUCAGCGGACCACAGGCGACUACUUUUGGAAUGUAUCGUAGUUUGUGGGGAGCAACGGCAUUUAAAGGUUCUACACAUGAAGUCGCGACUACGAGCGAUGUUCGACAUCACUAUGAAAAUCAAGUCUCGUGGAUUAAGCAACUGAAUGGAUAUAUCCCAACAAAAUGGAAAAAUUUUGAUGGAAUUAUCAUCACUGGUUGGUCACGUUAUGAUCAUUUUCUAUCAUUGUGUGAACUAUUACCUUAUUCAAUUCCAUCAUUAGCAUACUCAUUGGCUGCUUGGAAAGAGCCGUUUAAAAGUCUUCCACAUAUGGAUAUAUAUACAAAUAAACAAUUGCAAACUUAUGUUCAGAAAGAACUUCAAUGUUCAGAAACAAUUCAUUUUACUUCGCAUGAACACGCGAUUAAGCCACCACCAAAAUGCAAAUACCCUGGCUAUGAUGUUUAUCACGCAUUGAUUUCGUUGCCGGCGCUUUGGACUGAGGUUCAACGAGCUGAAUCGUUUGUUGAUAAAUAUGUGACUGAUCUUCAUGUGAAAUUUGGAUAUAUUCAUGUGAAACGCGGCGAAGAAUGUUUAGAAAAAUUGAAACCAGCUGUGCUUCAAUUGCAACACUUUAUUAAAUCAUUUCGAGGGGUAAUGGACGAAAUAUUUCCUUCGCAAGUUGCUGUUGAGUGGUUGGAGACAUAUUUUAUGAAAAACUAUCGAGCAGUUGUUAAACGAUAUCACUUUAUUCAACGUGCCGUUAAAGAACAGAAAUCGUGGUUGCCGAGACCAAUACCUGACGUGGAUAAACUUGACGAAAAUGAAACAUAG